AUGGGUCACUCCCAGAUCGGUGAUGAAGGCGACGACCGCCUGAGCAAGCUCGCUGACGGCGUGGUCGGCCACAUCCUCUCCUUCCUCCCGGCCAAGGAGGCAGCGCGCGCAGCCGUGCUGUCCACCCGGUGGCGCGACGUCUUCGCCAGCGUCCACACGGUCUCCCUUGAGCAGACGAAACUCCCCGUCCGUGAAGGCGGCGAAGACCGAUAUCGCCGCCACAACCACAACAUCAUGCCGGCCCCGCCCUUCCCCAACGGCGUGAGCGCUGCGCUCCUCGCCCGCCACCGCCGCCGCGGCACAGCCGCCCCAAUGCGCGCCCUCCGCGUGGCCUUCCGCGCCUACUUCAACGGGAUGAACGAUCACGACUCCAUGGUUGACCAAUGGAUCUCGUAUGCCAUGCAGCAGGCUGGCCCAGAGCUCCACCUCGACUUGCGCCUCAAUGGCGGCGACUACUCCCUCCGAAGCGUGGCCAAUGGCGAUCAGCGCGGCUUGAAACAAGACGAGCAUGCCAGCACGGACGAAGACAGCGGCCAGAACGAGGCGCCGCGUCAUACCCUCCCGAACACGGACGAAGACGUCGGCGUGUCCAACGACCGGGCGCCCAAGGACGGACUGUACACCGUUCCACGAGGGGUCUUUUCCUGUGCCACGCUGCGCACUCUAUGCAUCGGGCCAUGCAAGCUCAACCCGCCGGCCAGCGCAACCAACCUUCCGUCCCUCGAGACUCUGGUCCUGAUCCGGGUCGCCGACUCGGGGAGGAAGAUACACCGGCUCAUCUCCGGCUGCCCGCGUCUCGUCGACCUGACGCUCGAAGACUGCGACGCGGUGAGAGCGCUCUCCGUCCUCGACAAGCGCCUCCGCAGGCUGAGCCUACAGUCCUGCUCCCUGCUGACGAGCGUCGCCAUCGACGCAGCGGAGCUGCGUUCCUUUGAGUACAAGGGCGCCGUGCCCGCACACCAUUCGUUCCUGAACAUGCCCCAGGGCCCACGAAGAAGCCUCUCGUCGUGUAAGGUCGAUCUCUGCGACAACGAGCUCACGUCGGAGUUGGAUCUCACCCGCCUCGGAGAAUUCCUCCACCACUUCGCAUCGACGGAGCACCUGCACCUGACGUCCGCCCGCCUGGGCUCCAGCAUCGGCAACGAAACCUUCGCCAAACGAUUCCCGGCGUUCUCGACGCUUGGCCUCCUUGAACUCACCGGCUCCCUACCGCACGACGACGAUACCCACGCCACCGACGUCGUCGCGGCGGUGGCAAGGAUUCUCGAGCACGCCCCGAACCUGGAGGUGCUUACGCUGUUCUUCAAGGCGCCACCUCGCGAGAAGCUGGAUGACACGUGGGACUACCGCUUCUACAAAGAGGAGGAGCUCAUCGACGCACACCACCUCAGGUACGACCGCUGGGUCGUCUUCCCCGACGCGCCGCCAGCCACCCAGCUGGUUACUUGCCUGAGGGAGAUCAACCUGGUGCACUACCAGGGUGGCAACGCGCAGCGAAUGCUGGCCAAGUUCCUACUCGGCAACGUUGCGCGGCUAGACGCGCUAUACUGUGGGUUCGCCGAGGGGCCCCUUCGGCUCCAGAACAAGCUUAUGGAUGAGAUCAGAGGUUGGGCGAUGGACAAAAUAGAGCCGGAGGGGAUUAUGUUCAUGUGA